CCUCUCAGCGAAGCGAUGAGACCCAUCGGCACUGACCCGCGGUCUGUUCCUGUUGGUACAGUUCAGGGGGUGGCCGGUUAUUUUAGGACCUCGCGUGAGGAAUGUGCAGUUGCCACCGAGGAACCAGAGACCAGUCAACGAGACCCUCCACCCGUCUCCCUCUGCAUUCAGCUCUCCAGCGCCGAGGCCCCAGCGUCCAUGGAGAACGUGGCCGUGUUCGACUCGCCCGGGAAGGGGAGAGGUCUGAGGGCGACCAAGGAGUUCUGGGCCGGAGACGUCAUCUUCUCCGAAGCCAGCAUUUCAGCCGUGGUGUUUGACAGCCUCGCCGACCGCAUCUGCCACAGCUGCUUCCGCCGGCAGGACAAGCUCCAGCGCUGCGGCCAGUGCAAGUUCGCCCAUUACUGCGACCGGACCUGCCAGCGGGCCGGCUGGGCCGAGCACAAGCAGGAGUGCGGCGCCAUCAAGGCCUACGGCAAAGUGCCCAACGAGAACAUCCGCUUGGCGUCGCGCAUCCUGUGGCGCCUGGACAAGGACGGCGGCGUGGUGUCGGACGCGCAGCUGGCCACGCUGGAGGAGCUGGAGGACCACGUGGCCGACAUGCAGGAGGACGAGCUGAAGGAGUUCAAGGUGGACAUCCACAACUUCCUGGACUACUGGCCCCGCGGCAGCAAGCAGCACACGGUCGACCACAUCUCGCACAUCUUUGGAGUGAUCAACUGUAACGGCUUCAGUGUGAGCGACCAGAGGGGCCUGCAGGCGGUCGGCGUCGGCCUCUUCCCAAACCUGUGCCUGGUCAACCACGACUGCUGGCCAAACUGCACCGUGAUCCUCAAUCACGGCAAUCAAUCGGCCGUCGAUACUAUGUUUCAUUCUCAGCGGAGGAUCGAGCUGCGCUCUCUGGGUAAGAUCUCAGAGGGGGAGGAGCUGACCGUCGCCUACGUGGACUACAUCAACCUGUCCGAGGAGCGACAGCGGCUCCUGAAGACGCAGUACUUCUUUGACUGCACGUGUGAGCACUGCACGAAACGCAUCAAAGACGACCUGAAGAUGGCGGGCUGCGAGGUGGACGGGGUCAAGCCUUCAGACGAACAGGUGAAAGAAGCGACGGACUACUGUUUUGAGAUGAUGGAUAAGUUGGACAAGGCUCGAUUAAAAGGCGACUACCACGAGGUGGUAAAAAUCUGCAAGGAGUGCUUGGAGAAAACAGAGCCGGUGUUGGCCGACACCCACAUCUACCUGCUGAGGAUAUGGAGCUCCCUGAGCGAGGUGCAGGCGUACCUGCAGUACUUCGACGACGCCGCCGAGUACGCGCGCAAAAUGGUUGAGGGGUACAUGAAGCUGUACCACCCCAACAACGCCACCCUGGGCAUGGCCGCCAUGCGGGCCGGGGUCACGCACUGGCAGGCCGGCCAGAUCGAGGUGGGACACGGCAUGAUCUGCAAGGCCUACGCCAUCCUCAUGGUCACCCACGGCCCCACGCACCCCAUCACCAAGGACCUCGAGGCGAUGCGGGUGCAGACGGAGAUGGAGCUGAGGAUGUUCAAGCAGAACGAGUACGUUUACCACAGCAUGAGGGAGGCGGCCCUGAAGAACAAGCCCAUGACCAUGAUGCACGAACCCAAGUCCGUGGAGGAGGGGAUCAAGAAUCUGUUCCACCGGCGGAAGUAGCAGCGGCACUGAUUGAACUCAUCCUAAUGUUUACGGUCGACGGCAGAGAGGCUGUGACCUUAGAGCAACGUUGUCUCUCGCUUUUCUAGGUCCACUUUUCAUUAAAUUGUCACGUCAGA